AUGAUUAAUUUUCCAAAUGAGAGAUUCAUAACUGAAAACACUGUUGUAUUAGAUUAAAAAUCUAUUUUAGAUGCUUUUUACUCCAACGUUCCACUUCAAAAACGAAAGCUUUUCAAAUUUAGUGCUUAGAGGCCAAAAGAAUCAUCGUAUAGAUAUAUUAACUGUAAUAAGGAAAAAGAUGGUUCACAUUAGACAUGUAUGCUUUCAUAAGUAUAGCUGAUAUCAUCUUUUAUGGAUUAGAAUGAACCUUUUUCUAUAUUUAACUAAUUAAGGUAUUCAUCUACUCAAUAACGCAACAACAGUUAGGAAGAACCACAUAUAUUUUUAUUAGGUAAAAGACGAUUCAAUUCCUGCUAAUUACAAUUUGAUGUCAAUGAUGAGUGCAAGAUAGAAAAUGGAUUUGGGUAAAAUAUCUAAAAAAAUGUGAUUAAAAAAAAAAAAUUUUUAUGUGGAGGAUCAUAUAAGAAAACUAAUUAUGACUCUAGCAGUAGCUUUGAAUAGCAAAGUAAAUGCUAAACUAAAGCAGCUGCGAUCAGUACCGAAGAAAAGGAGUACUCAAAAUUACUGAAAAAAUUCAAAGUUGAAACAAAAUUAGAGUACAAAACUGAGUAUUUAGCAAAUGAAUUAUAUUAAAACGAUUUAUAAGAUUAGUUAACGCAAAUCUAACGACAUACAAAUAGUGGAUUAAAUAAGAAAAAUGACUUAGUUUUGAGAGAAGUUAAAAUCAAUAAAUAACAUUAAAUUACUGAAGCAGAUGCAGCUCAGAAUGAUUUCACUAGAAUGUUGAUAAAGCUCGAAGAUGGUCGAAUUUUAGAGUAAGUUAUUCAUAAUAAGAAAGAGCUUCCUGAAGUGAGUUAUUGGGAUAAUAAAGAACUUGUUUUAAAUAUAUAUUAAGCACAGUAAUCGCUGAACAGCUUUAUUUAAACUAAAUCAAGAAUAAAUUCGCUGUCUGAGCAUUUAUAAAAAUUAAACGAUUGCAUCAUACUGACCUCAUCAGCAAGCGUUGGCAACCAAAUUGAUAAAUUCUUUUCAACAUUAAAUCAAUCUUCUACAUUUUUUGCUUCAACUUAUUAACCUUCUUCCGCUGUCCACUAAAACAAAAUUUAUCAAUCUUCAAAAAAAAAAUUUGAGAUUUAAAAAUCACCAUCUCCAUUUUUAGAAAUAGAUAGUCUUAUCGAUGUGAAGCAAAGCAACAAAUAUCAUGAAUAGUAAAAUAGUAAAAAUAUAAAUACUGAUGAUAGUCUUAGCUUAAGUGAAAUUUCUAAUUUUUAAAGUGAUGGCUUAAGCAGUUUUAAAGAAAAUUUGUGCGAAGUUUCGAAAUACUGCUCUUCUCUCUUCAAAUUUUAGAUAAAAGAUUCUUCUCUUUUGAAGUAGUUUAAGUUCUCAAAACAGAAGAAAACUUUGGCAUAAUAGAAUGAAAGAAUCGAAGAAGAAAGCAUUGAACAAGAUGAAGGUAUUUAGCAGAGUAAAACUGGAGAGUAAAUAAUUAAUUAGAGCCAUGAAAGUAGUAAUAAAAAAUAGUCAAUUUAAAUUUUAUAUGAAAGCAACAAUUCAAAGCUUAAAAGAUAUGGCAAAUAUCAUAAUUUAAAUAAACUGUUUAUGUACAAUGUCCUUAAUAUGUAUACGAAUUCUAACCUAUACAAUUUUGGAGUACCCGAGAGUAUUUCAAACAUUCUUUAGUUAGUUAUUUAGAGAUUAAAAAUUAGCGCUAAAAAAUAUUCAAAUGUAAAUUAGAAACUACCAUUUAAUUACUUCUCUCAUUCCCAUUAUAAUGUCUUGUUUCUCUAGCUGUCUCAGUGUAAUAUAAAGGAGUUGAAAUAACAAUAAGAAAUAGUUUAGCUUUAUAAAUACUGCUAUAGCAUAGAUUUAAUUGAUGACGUGAUUCCUCAUUAGCUGUCUUAUAUUAACCUAAUAAAAGCGUAUUUCUUUUAAAUAUUCAUAAAGUGUAUCAAUUACGAAGAUAUUUAGACCGAAAAAGCUCAAAAAUAAGACUCACGUGAUUUGUAUACAUUAAAAGUAGUAAGAGGAAUAAGGAAGCUAGCUUCUGGUUAGAUAAUAAAACGCUUUUGA